AAAACAUUUUCAAAUUAACUUGACAUUGAGUAAAAAAGCAACAAUUUAGGAAAUUGCAAACACAAAAUUUAAUUAAAAUUUUUAUUAAUUUAAUUAAAUAAAUAUUUUUUUACUACCACAGGCAUGCAUCGUAAAUCAAUCGAGGCUCAACAUACCCUAAAUAACGAUUCGGGUGUUAGUGAUCAAGAGGAGAAUGAAUUAGAAUCUUCGGGAUCAAAAUCGAAUGAAGAGUUACAGCAACAACGUCAAUUAUCAUCUUCAAAUGAAUCCCUAAAUGUUGUUAGUCCCACUCCAACAAAUCUUCCACAAUCUUUAUUAUCUCCUGCCUCAACUCCCACCGCCACCUCAACAUCUUCGGCUUCACCACAUAUUGACUUGAGUUCACCUUCACCUAAUACCCAACAAAUGCAACAGUAUUUCUCUAAUACAUCACCACAACAACAAUAUACAACUACACAGAGUGUAGCACACUUGCCACCACCCGCCGCAUUACCCGCUCUUAAUAGUUCAUCAUCUGGUUCUGAUGUUGUUGCUGUUCCACCACCCUCUUAUCAUCCGCUUUUGGAUGCUGCCAAUGCUAGUGCAUGUGCUGGAGCGGCCAGUACCAAAGAUUUUCAUAUGAUUAUGAAUACCGCUGUGGCAGCAGCUGCUGCUGUGGCCGCUCACAACAGUGCUGGAGAUCUGUAUGGAACGGCAUUAGUUCAAGAUCCCGAUACUUUUAGAAAUAAUUCAAUUGCCUGCUUACGCGCUAAAGCUCAAGAACAUCAAGCUCGUCUAUUGAACAGUGGCCUAUUUCUACAAGUACGCUCCUUUGCAGAUCUACAGCAGCGACAUCAGCAACAUUUAAAUAAAACCCACAAUAAUUUACAUAAUAAUAUUAAGAAUUGUGAUGUAAAAGCAUUGAUUAAACAACAAACGGAUAAAAUUUUAGAAAAACAAGAGGAAAAUGACGAGAAGAUGGACAACAAAAAUGAAAUUUAACAAAUAUAUAUUUUUUAAAAAACAAGAAAUAUAAUGAAGCCAAAAAAACGCAUUAAAUGUGUAAAGGGAAAUGUUUGAAAAUAAA